AUGAGAAAAGCUAGCAUCUUGUCAAUCAAAUGGUGCUCACUCACCAGCAUUCAACCCUCGGGAACGCCGGCCAUUCUCACCGUCAACGACUUCGGCCCCGGCAGGGACGGAGGAGACCCCUCCGAAUGCGACGGGAACUACCACCCGCUGCCACAAAGAGUGGUGGCGCUGUCCACAGGAUGGUACAAUGGUGGUUCCCGGUGCGGGAAAAUGGUAAGAAUCACGGCCAGAAACGGUAGGACCGCGGUGGCGAAGGUGGUGGACGAGUGUGACUCCACGCAAGGCUGUGACCAGGAUCACGCCAAUCAAUCACCAUGCAAGACAAACGUUGUUGAUGCGUCCGAAACUGUGUGGAAGGACUUGGGACUCAACACCGAUGAUGGUGAAGUACCAAUCAUUUGGACCAUGGCAUAA